AAUUUUUUUUAAUUUUUUCUCUUCUCUUUAACAACCAUUUUAAUUUGUUUUUAAUCUAUUUAAUUAGUGACAAUUUUAUAUUCUUUUAAAAUUAUUGAUCAACCUUUUGGAAUCAUGAAUGUUUUCAGCUUUUACCUAAAUACUUUAAUCUGUGGAAAUGUUGGACAAAGAUGUAGUUACCAGUUUAAAGUUGAUUCUUAUCAUUGUUCACAUGAGGCAACCAUUGAGAUAGAAACUGAGGAGCAUGAGAUACAAUGUGUUGUCUCACCAAUUCUUUCCAUGGCUCAAAAUGGAGGAAAAUUACUCGCUUCCGCCAAUGAAGCGGGACUUGUUAAACUUAGUGAUAUUAGUGAUUUAAAUACAAUUUCUUGUUUUGAGCUUCAUCAAAAUGCUAUAUUUGAUAUUAAAUGGAGACCCAAAGAACCAAGUCAACUUUUAGCUGCUUCUGGUGAUUUAAGUAUUUCGCUGGUAGAUGUUGAAUUCCCUGAAAAAAAGAUAGCCCACAUAACCGAUAGCCAUUCAGGGUCAGUAAGAAGCAUAAACUUUAAAGAUUCCAAUGUUUUCGCAAGCGGGUCAAGAGAUGGACAAAUUAAAAUUUGGGAUCUUAGAGAUACAACAAAGGCGAUGAUUUCUAUUCCAUCUGCUCAUGAUGUUAAUUCUAAGUUUGUCAAGCGAAAAUUGCGAAAACACAAAACUCGACCGACAAAUGUAGUUACCUCAGUUUUAUUCAACGAUUACUCAUUGUAUAGUGGAGGCUCAAGUGAUGGAUUAAUUAAACUUUGGGAUACCCGUAAAAAAGGAAAUAACAAACGACAACCCGUACAUGAGAUUCCUUACAAUGGUUGUUCCAAUUUUUCCGAUAGACAAGGUUACACUUGCCUUCUAAUGUCAAAAGGUCUUCUUUAUGCUUCCUGUUCCGAUAAAAUAGUUUAUUGUUAUUCUUCACAACUUGAUACAAUGAUUGGCCGUUAUAGAGGUGCUCGAAUUAAUAAUUAUACCAAAUUAUCCAUAGUUCAAGAUGAAUAUCUAGUCUGUGGAUCAAUGAAUAAAUGUGCUUGUGUUUGGAAGCUCAAUGAUAAACCUCAACCAAAAGGAUCGGUGGUUUCACCUUCUUUCAUUUUACCCGAAGAACAUGAAGUCGCUUCGGUUGAGACAAUCUCCGAAAUUGGAUGUAUAUUUACUGGAUCUGAUGCCGGUCGAUUAAGAAGAUGGUCUUUUGAUUAUUUUGAUGAGAAGGUAAUUAAAGAGAGAGCAGUUCCCUUCGAAGACUAUCAAGAGACAACACUUAACGAAUCAGAGAUUGAAAAUAUUCCAAACAAUUCAAUAGAAAACAUUUCUUCGGAUAAUCUUAAUGAUAGUCUAACUAGAAAUGCUCCUCUAGCUGAGAAUCAACCAACUCCAAGAAUAAUUAAAUCACUCAAACCAAGGAAAAGGAAAAGUCCUCGAUCUUAUUCACCGAAGACGAAAAAAUCUGCUAAAACUCGACAUCAACCAACAGAACCAUUAACACCGAUAACUAAUUACUAUCAAAAAUUACCCAAGGAAAAUACUCCCAAAGGAUAAUUGAGAUAAAUUAAAUCUUCAAUUGUUAAAUUUUCUCAUCUUAUCAGACAAAAACUCGUAAGAGCAAUUAGACAAACUGUUAUCCAAUCAAUGACGAUAUUAUAAUAAUAAUGACAAUCAUCAUACAAUUGGUGAUCAUAUUUUCAAUCUCAAAUAAUUUUAAAUGGAAAGAAAUUAAUAAUUUACCCGUUGAAGAAAAUUAUUGGACAAUUGAACUUAAUCACAACAAUCAAUCCAACUAUAAAUCAAUCGCAAUAACAAUUAUACUUUUACCUUGGAGAGAAACAAAUUUAGCCUCUCAAGUGGAUUAUCAAAGUAAAAUAACAGAUUAAGUGUACCAUCAAACCACAAUCAAUAAGUGUGAAAAACAAAAAUCAAUCAAUAACGAAACUAAAAAUUUGUAAAUGUGUUUAAUUAUUUUAAUUGUGUAUCUACAAUUAACAUUGUAAAAUUAUAGACAAGAGAGAAAGUUACAUAAAUAACAUUGUAACUUCCUUUCGAAAAUUUGUAUUCUAAUUGUCAAAUAAAAAUAUUUUCUUAAAACAAAACAAAACAACAAAAGUUCAUAUAAAAUCAACAACAAUUAAAUUUAAUUCAGUUGUAAUUUCCCCUUAACAGCGACAUCUAUUUUCUUUAAAAAGAAAUAUUGAGAUCCGAUAUGUAACCAGUAUGGAUCUUAGAUUCGAUACAUUUACAGAGAGAUUUGAAAAGCGACAGAGAAAAAGAAAGAGAAAAAUGUGACAAUUUGUCGAAAGAAGAAAAUAUGUUAAGUAGAAAGAGAAUUUAGUGGCUCCAUCUAAGGGUUGAGUAGAUAAUCGAUGAAUGAAAACAUUCCCUUGACAUCAAGACGUGUCUUCACUUUAAGAGUUAAUUGUAAUUAAAUUGUUAUUGAUGAUUGUCACUCGAUUAUUUUAAUUUAAUAAGCCAUCGGUUAAUCUCGUAAUUUUAAGUAAUUUACUUGUUCACAAUUUGGAAUCAUGGUUAAUACACAAAGAAUGAGAGUAGCUAAUGAAAAGGCUUCUAAAAAUGUUACUCUUAGAGGGAAUGUUCCGAAAACCAAU